CAAAAACUCCCGAACCGACCUCCAACACGGUACCGGCCAUUGUUGCUUCGUACGAGGAGUAGACGGAACGAAAAACUUAUAUAUUACGGCUGAUGUGAAUGCAACAUAGGAGUAAAGAAGCAACUUCAAAUGCUAACGUAUCACUAUGGAUGAUCAGUAUGAGUGGUGAAGGUCCUACCACUUCUGUUCAAGCAUGUUCUAAUGGACUAUAUGCUAGCCUUCAGGUUGACGUGGUGCCCCCGUCUGCCCCCCACCCCCCUUUUAUAUAGUGAUUGCUGUAUUUCCCACGGACACUGGAAGGCAUCAGUGGGCCCAGCGCUGGGGAAAAAACGGGGGGAGCUGGAAGAUGGAGCCUGAUGUGGGAGGGGCCAGGCAUGGUUGACGUCAGCGGCUGUGUGGAGGAGUAUAGGCUGUGCUGUCAGCCCAGUGUCAGUCUGAUGAAGAUUGGCAUGCAGGUUCCAUGCGCAAAAUUGGACACCAGGCAACAGAAGAGACGACAACACUAGGGGUGCUGCGUCGCGGUGGGCAAACUAAUAUCUCAAUGUGAAGCAAUCCCAUGAUGCAACAUGUGUCCCCAACACCUGCAGUGACAAUGAUGGCCACCCAGAGUGUUCAUCCACCAUCGUACCAGGAGAGCCAACAGAUGACAGGCACCAGUCAGCAGACCACCAAGACCCCACAGGUCCACAUCCCAGCAGCCACUGCAGCAGGAAAUACCUCCGUCAGUGCAACACUUGACCCUCAAGCCCAACUUGAGUCUGACAAAAGAGCUGUUUACAGUCAUUUUCACAGACAUCCACUCUUCCCCCUGUUGGCCUUACUGUUUGAGAAAUGUGAGCAGGCGACGCAGGGAUCUGAAUGCAUCACCUCGGCCAGUUUCGAUGUGGACAUUGAAAACUUUGUUCACCAGCAGGAGCGGGAGCACAAGCCCUUCUUCAGUGAAGAUCCAGAGCUGGACAACUUGAUGGUGAAGGCCAUUCAGGUUCUGAGGAUCCACCUCCUGGAAUUAGAGAAAGUCAAUGAGCUCUGCAAAGAUUUUUGCAAUCGCUACAUCACCUGCCUGAAGACAAAGAUGCACAGUGACAACCUCCUGCGUAACGACCUGGGAGGACCUUACUCACCGUCACACACCAGUCUCAACAUGCAGCAGGAACUAAUUCAGACCUCCUCUCCAUCCAUGACCUCUGUCUCCAGCUCUGUUAACCCGUCUGGGAUUGUGGUGCCUGCCGGGGGUCUGCAACAGGGCAAUGUCUCCAUGACUACCAUCAACUCACAAGUGGUUUCAGGUGGGACCCUGUACCAGCCAGUUGCCAUGGUGACAUCACAAGGGCAAGUGUUAACGCAGGCACUGCCGCCAGGAACCAUUCAGAUCCAGAACUCGCAGGUGAACCUGGACCUGUCAUCCCUGUUGGACAGCGAAGACAAGAAGUCCAAAAAUAAGAGGGGGGUCCUUCCCAAACAUGCCACCAACAUCAUGCGCUCCUGGCUCUUCCAGCAUCUCAUGCACCCAUAUCCAACAGAGGACGAGAAAAGACAGAUUGCUGCACAGACAAAUCUAACCCUUUUACAAGUGAACAACUGGUUCAUCAACGCUCGCAGGCGUAUCCUACAGCCAAUGCUAGAUGCCAGUAACCCAGAUCCAUCCCCUAAAGCCAAGAAAAUGAAGUCGCAGCACCGUCCGACACAACGCUUCUGGCCCGACUCCAUCGUGGCAGGAGUUUUGCAGAGUCACAGAUCUCAAAACCCAAUGAGUUUGGACAGCCUACAGUCCCUGUCCUCAGACUCCGCCACCCUGGCCAUGCAGCAGGCCAUGCUAGGAGCCGACGACUCCAUGGACGGCACCGAGGAAGACGACGAAGAGGAGGAGGAGGAGGAAGAGGAGGAAGGAAUGGAGGAGGAAGAAGAGGAGGAGGAGGAUAUAGAGGAUGAGGAAGAUGACAGAGGCAGACAAAUGUCAGGCAGAGGACGAGGACGGAGGAAUCUGAGCAUGGAGCACAACGAGGACCUGGAGUAGAGGAACUUUGGUGACAGGUGUCUCUUCAGUGCAGCCACACACUAACUAUUUUUAUGCUACAUGACUUUUUAGGCGUUAAAGGGCAAAUCCUGCUUUUUUUCCCCUUUUGAACACGGAUCCAUCUGCGGAGCUUAAUGUCAAUCAUGAUGAUCAUAGUUUAAGACAUUGAAUAUAGAACUGAAUAAUAAUAAUAAUGUGGUGGUUGACUUUUUAACAGUAAAUGCCUUGGUGUGUUUACUGAGCACGAGAAAUGUUGGGAUGGUUGCACUUUUCUUUUUUUCUCUCUCACGAUCAACUUACAUUAUGAAUGAAAUCACCACCACAUUGAUAUGAAGCUAAUGAAACUGAGGUUCUAAGAGACAUGCUGCUGCUGCUGCUGCUGCUGAUGAUGAUGAUGAUGAUGAUGAUGAUAACAGUGCAUUUCAAUUGGAAACUCAAAGUUAAACUGCUAAUGUAGCAGCUUCAAACUGCGCAAUGCUAUUUCAGCUACAGUCGACUGCCCACACUUCCUGCUUCACAGUUCGGCUCAUCACAGCCCACCUCCACGUCAACACCUCCUUUUCACGCUGUGCCGCAACUAAGUCACUGUCAUGGGUUGUCACUGAAGCUUGUUCUGUUCUGUGCUUUCUUGGUCUGCGGCUCCACGGAGAAGAGCCCCACCUUCCACUGUUAAACCUUGAUCACAUUUCAUUAACCUAGACUAAUGAAACAAAAACAGCAAACGGCUCAGAGGGAGUCACAAAAUAAAGAAAAUUAAUUAAAAAGGUAACAAUAGAAAAUAAUGAAACCGCAGGUAGACUCAGUGGGUUUUAGAAUCACCCUGAGAACGAUUAUUUACCCAACCCCUCUGCUCCUCAUGGUGCUAAAACAACCUGCUACUACAUUUAUUUUAAUGUCGCUGGUGGGAAAGAAGCCUGAGGAAAGUGCAUCACUCCAGUGUCCACUCACUACUUCACUGUUUGUUUGCCUUCUUUAGCCACUAACUCUGCGAGUGUUUCAUCUGUUAUCUGCUCUGUGAAACGUUUCUUCCCGUCUGGCACAGGUUUCUGCUCGUCCUCUUUGAGGCAGUUCUUAAUUUUUCCUAAAUUCUGACCCAUUUUCAGAAUGACCCCCCCCUAGAAAAAAACCUUCAACUUGUACCAUAGUUUGAGCAUCAGCAUUGACAUUUAUUCAUUACGCAAAAGGACAAGAAAAUAAUUUUCGUGUUUUUACUGACAGUUUUCAAUCUUUUUGGUAAACAACAAAUCCACAGAAAUGGAAAUGAAUCCCUGCGAGACACUUGAACAAACAUUUCAAAUAUAUUCUCACUCAGACUGUAAAAUGCUAUCAAUCAAAACACUGGAAAAACUUCUGGUUUUUAAGGUAAAAAAAAAAAAAUCUUCCAAACUGUGCAAAG